GAAAAAGAGGUGAGCUGUUCCCCGAAAUGGCGGAGACGGAGGUCGGGGCGUGAAGAGAGUCGAGACCAGACAGCAUGACCAAGUCCGGAAUGGGGAAGCGUCUCUGCGACUACUGCGGCGAGUCCACGGCCCUCCUCUACUGCCGGGCCGACUCGGCCAGCCUCUGCUUCGCCUGCGACCGCGAGGUCCACUCCACCAACCCGCUCUUCGCCAAGCACUCCCGCUCCCUCCUCUGCGACUCCUGCGACGCCGCCCCCGCCUCCCUCUUCUGCGAGGCCGAGCGGCUCCUCCUCUGCCAGAACUGCGACUGGGAUCGGCACAGCUCCGGCGGCGGCGGCGGCGGGGGGGCGGCUCACAAUCGGAGGCCGGUUGAGGGGUUCGCCGGGUGCCCUUCGGUGGGCGAGAUUUUGGGGAUCUUGGGGGUGGAAGAUUUAGGGGUUAAGGGUCCGUCGUUGGGUGGGGAUGACGGGGGUGGUGGGUUUUCGGAUGUUUUGCUUUGGGAGACUCCUGCUUUUGUUAGUCUCGAUGAUUUGAUCGUUCCCAGCGAUGGUGCGUGUGCUCUUCGGGCUGUGGAUGUUCCUCCUCUGCCUAAGAAUAGAAAUGCAACCUGUGGUCUGCACAAGAAAGAAAUGCUACGCCAGCUCCGCUUACUUGCUAAACCAGAAUCUAACUUGAACUUUGAAAGAGGGGAGAUUGAACCAUUGGAUGAUUGUCACUUGUCAGUUUUGAAUCAAGGUCUUCAGCCAGCAAAUUUUCACACUGGAUGUGAAGAUAGAGAUCAAGCUGGAUUUCACAAAAUUGAGGAAACUGACAGUCAGUGGUUUUCUAAUGACGGUGACAACAGAAACCUAGCUUAUGACCCUUCGGCAUUCUUUGGUAGCUACAGAGAGGAAAGUCCGGCAGCUUUAGACAAAUGUCCAAACAUCAGUUUUCUGAGUUCUACCAAGGAAUGUCAUGAAGUACUCUCCGAACAGCCCAUCAAUUCAAAUCCUUUGCCACUGGUUCCAUUAACUAGCCAGGAACGAGAGUCUGCAAUCUCACGCUACAAGGAGAAGAGAAAAACAAGGAGGUAUGAUAAGCACAUCCGAUAUGAAUCACGGAAGGCCAGGGCCGAGAGCAGGAUUAGAAUCAAGGGACGUUUUGCUAAGAUGGGCAGGCCCUGAUAUUACAAGCAACCAAGGUAUGGAUAAUGAUUAAUGAGUGAGUCGCUGUGGAUCAAAUCGGGACAAGAAUUGGAAGAUACGCAUCUUUGGGAUCAAUGAGUGCAUCCCAUGGUGAAUGUUUCUGGUGGUAUGUACUUAUGUACAUGGAAGUAGAUGUUAGUUUUGGGUUUUGAUCUUUGUACGCCCGUAUCUGUAUCAAUUAAAGAGAGAGUUUUCACUUUUGGCAAGAGCAUUCAUGCCUUCCCUGUACUGAAAUUCAGAAUCAAGUAAUGUAGGCCCUGUAUAGCCUGUAAACAUAGUGUUGUACAUAUGUGGAUUCUCUCUUACGUGCAUCUGUCCAGUAGCCCAUGCCUGCUAUUGCAGGUCCUCGUAUCCAA